AGGAAAGACCAAGCUUUUUUGAACCCUUUGAUUGUUCUACAGUUGCAAUACAAUCCUUUUGUUGGUUGACUGGAACUGAAACUACGUACCAGGCCCAGUUUAUUCCUCCUACCUCUCAAUCCCAGCUCGACGGGAUCCGAUUCGACCCUCGACGCACCGACACACCGAUCCCAAUUCAAUCAAUCGAUACGAUAAUACAUACAUACAAUAAUGUCUGGUCUCGACGCGCAGGAAAUAGCCGCCGCCUACGACGCCGUGCGCGCCGACAAGGAACCCACCAACUGGCUCCUUAUCUCGUACGCGUCGGCCGUCGGCAACAAGCUCGCGCUCACCAAGACGGGCACGGGCGGUCUCGCAGAGCUAGUGAGCAAUCUGGACGACGGGCAAGUCCAGUACGGCUACGUGCGCGUCGAGUACGCCAACGACAAGGAGAGUACGCGCGUGAAGUUUAUACUCGUGGUCUGGAUCGGGGAGAAUACAAAGGUCAUGCGCAAGGCGCGCGUCAGUAUCGAGAGCGGCGAUGUCAAGAAGCAGCUUUCCCAUCAUAGCAUCGCUGUCACGACGGGGGAUAAGUCGGAGUUGGACGAGAGGGAUAUUGUGGUUCGGUUGAGGAAGGCUGGUGGUGCUGAUUACAACGGAGGACGGGGUUAAUCGCGUAUUACUGCUGCACAUAUAGCGUUUACUGCACAUGCAUACAUACAUACACACGCACAUACAUACAGAGUACACAUGCAAGGAACGGCCCGUCAUGACAAGCGUAUUGAUCAUCAGCUAUCGACAUUGAGCACCGGUCACGUGUCGGUGAGGGAAAGACAAGAGACGGGAUUAAGGACGUGUCGCCGGACUUCUUAGAUAGGAA